UUAUUGUUAUUGGCAUGUAGGGACAGGUGUACGGUUGUUAGGCUUAAAACUUGUCAUAGUUAUGAUGCGAUGCAAAAAAGGGUCAUUUUGGAGAAUUGGGCUUCGCCAGUUGGACUCAGAGAUGUCCUGAUGUUCGACAUCACGUGCCUAUAAAAAAAUUCGGGCUGACACACACAAGAGUCAGAGCGAUCCAACCAAGUCCAAAGUUCAGCAGGGCCCAAAUUUUGGGGGAAGAGGAAAAGACGAAGAAUGGGGGAAAAAAAAUACAAAAAACUUUUAAAAUUCUCUUCCACCGCUACGGGAACUGAGGUAGAAGCAACAAUACAAGAAGACUGAAGAUCACGUUCACCAGCAAGAAUUGAUUAAGGAAUGGGGACUCGCGAAGUCUACGAAGAGAAGCUGAGAACAGGGAAUAUGUACGAAUACGAUCCUACCAUGAAACCUGGCCUUGGCUCUCCCCGUUGCCCUCGUUGUCUUUGUCUCUUAGAACCUUCAAUGGACAAGGGAGAGUGGACCAUCACUCCGGUUCUCCGCGACGCCACUGCUGUGGCUGGCUCAGGAAUUGGUGGACUUCUCAGUGCAAUUCAUGGUUUUAACACAGGGAUUCCGUAUGUCCAAAAACAUGUGAAGGGGCCAAAGUGGCUUCCAUUUGUUAUCGGGCUUCCUCCAUUUCUGAUCUAUUCCGCAGCUAGUGCUGCAUUUGGAGGUUAUGCAUUUCCAAGAUUUACUCAGCUCAGUGUGACAUCGUAUUAUGCUGCUUCAAGUGCAUCAAGUUACUGCAUUUCAUUGCUCACCAGACGGAUUGAAGACAACCGCACUUCUUCCUCCCCCUCCCAACAUGGAAGACUGGGAUGAUUCAUCUCACUAUUUGACUUGGAUGAUUGCACAGAACUUAAAAUGAAAACUAGUAUACACGUUUGUGUGUGUGAGUGUUGCCGGAUGGAUGUAUAUUAGUAUGGCAAGAAUUGAAAUAUGACGUUUUUUUUUAAAAAAAAAAAAACUA